AUGGGGGACUGGAAGAACUACAUCAACUGCAUCCUGAAGGACAAGAAUGUUGAAGAUGUGGCUAUCGUGGGCCACACUGACAACAAGUGUGUGUGGGCAGCCAAGCCGGGAGGGCUGCUCGCAGCCAUCUCUCCUCAAGAAGUGGGCUUGAUCACUGGCCCUGAUAGGAAGGCCACUGUGGCCGGCAAAAAGUGCAGUGUGAUUCGUGACAACCUGCUGGUGGAAGAAGAUGAUGUAAUGGAUAUCAGAACCAAAGGUGGAGACAGCAGGUCCAUCUGUAUUGGCAGGACCUCCAGAGCCCUCAUCUUCCUCAUGGGCAAGAGGGGCGUCCAUGGAGGAGCCCUCAAUAAGAAGGUCCAUGAAAUGAUUAUGGGCAUGAAAACGUGCAUCAGAUAAUAUCAAAGCUACUCAUCUUCCUGAGGACAGGAAGAGCA